AUGGCUGCAAUCAAGAAGAAAGGUACAUCUGGUAAUGCCAAAAAUUUCAUUACCAGAACCCAGGCAGUGAAGAAAUUACAAGUGUCAUUGGCAGAUUUCCGUAGACUUUGUAUAUUCAAGGGUAUUUACCCAAGAGAACCAAGAAAUAAAAAGAAGGCUAAUAAGGGAUCAACUGCUCCAGUUACCUUUUACUAUGCUAAGGAUAUUCAAUAUCUUAUGCACGAGCCUGUCUUGGCCAAGUUCAGAGAACACAAGACAUUUGCUAAGAAGUUGCAAAGAGCUCUUGGUAGAGGUGAAGUUAACGAUGCUCAAAAGUUAGAAGCAAACCGUCCAAAGUACACUUUGGAACAUGUUAUAAAGGAAAGAUAUCCAUCGUUUUUGGAUGCAUUGAGAGACAUUGAUGAUCCGUUGAAUAUGUUGUUCCUCUUCUCCAAUUUACCAGCCACUGAUAAGGUUUCCCACAAGGUCACCAAACUGGCUGAAAAGUUAUGUAAUCAAUGGUUAGCAUACGUAGCAAAGGAAAGACUUAUCAAGAAAGUUUUCGUUUCCAUCAAGGGUGUCUACUAUCAAGCAAAUGUAAAGGGUCAAGAAGUCAGAUGGUUGGUACCAUUCAAGUUCCCAACUAACAUCCCAAGUGAUGUUGAUUUCAGAAUUAUGUUAACAUUUUUAGAGUUUUACUCCACUUUACUCCAUUUCGUCUUGUACAGAUUGUACAAUGACAGUAACUUGAUUUACCCACCUACUAUUGACAUUGAGAAGUUGAAGGGUAUCGGUGGAUUAUCUUCAUAUGUUUUGGAAUCAAAGACCCAAGGUGUUGGCGCUUUACUUCCAAAGCAAGAACCUUCAUCUGAAGCUGAUGCUACCGCUCAAAAUGGUAAGGCUGCUCAUUUAUCCCUGGAAGAAGUAGCCCGUGCCGAAAACGCUGACGAUGAACAAGAAGACGCUGAUGUGCAAGAUGAAGAUGAAGAAAAUGUUGAAGAAGUUGCUUUGGAUACGUUUGCCUCAUCAUCAACUAAAGUAACUGGUGAUAUUCUUUCUCAACCUUCUAAAUUUGCAUCUCCUACUUCAACUUUGUUCUCUAAGUUUAUCUUUUACGUUGGUCGUGAAGUUCCAUUGGACAUAUUAGAGUUCUGUAUAUUAUCCUGUGGUGGAUCAAUUGUAUCAGAAAUUGCAUUAGAUGAUUUACAAAUCAAUCAACCUGAAGCAUUUAAGAAACUUGAUUUAUCAAAUAUUACCCACCAAAUUGUUGAUAGACCAACUUUAAAGUCUAAGGUUGCUGGUAGAACUUACAUUCAACCACAAUGGGUCUUUGACUGUCUCAAUAAGAGCGAGUUAUUGAAUGUGAGCAAAUAUGCACCUGGUGAAACCUUACCUCCACAUUUAUCUCCAUGGGGAGAUGCUGGUGGAUACGAUCCAGAAGCUGCCAAGCCAGUGAGCGAAGAACAAGCUGCUGAAGAAGAAGCUGAAGAAGAAGAGAUUGAAGAAGAUCAAGAAGAUCAAGAAGAGGAUGAUGAGGAAGAAGAAGAAGAAGAAGAAGACGAAGACCUCAAGGCACAGAAAGAACUUGAAAUGGAAGCUGCUGGUGUUAAAUUCUCUGAAGUUGCCGCAGCCGACGAAGGAAAGAAAUCCAAGAAGGCAAAGGGUAAGAGAUCUGCUGAAGAUGAAGAAAAGGAACUUAAGAUGAUCAUGAUGACUAAUAAACAUAGAAAGCUUUACAAGAAGAUGCAAUAUGGUAUUAACAAGGAAGAAGUUAGACAAGAAGAAUUAGGAAAGAAGAAAAGAAAACUUGAAAAGACCAAAGCUGAGCUUAACAAGUUAAAGAAAUAG